GUAAUAUGGAUAGUAAGUAUUUGCUAAUUUUACGGUGAACGCUAUCUUCCUCCCAAAGAAACGUUAUCUCUAUAUAACGGGAGGGCUGGCCGAUGACCAAAUGAAUCAAUAAUAUAUUUAUAUAUACAGAUCUUGUUGAGAAGAAUCAAAGAAGAAGACAAUGACGAAUUCAGAGAGCCCAUUGAUUGUAGCUUUUGGAGAGAUGCUCAUCGACUUUGUGCCCGACACUGCAGGAGUUUCGCUGGCUGAGUCCACGGGCUUCCUCAAGGCCCCCGGUGGUGCACCUGCCAAUGUGGCUUGUGCCAUCACCAAGCUUGGUGGCAAAUCGGCUUUCGUUGGAAAGGUUGGAGAUGACGAGUUCGGGCACAUGCUGAUCAACAUAUUGAAGAAGAAUGGGGUGAACGCUGAGGGAGUGUGCGUGGAUACGCAUGCUAGGACGGCGUUGGCUUUUGUGACCUUAAGGAAGGACGGUGAAAGAGAGUUCAUGUUCUACAGGAACCCUAGUGCUGACAUGUUGCUAAAGGAUUCAGAGCUGAACAUGCCUCUUAUUAAGCAAGCUAAGAUAUUCCACUACGGAUCCAUUAGCCUCAUCUCCGAGCCAUGCAGAUCGGCUCAUAUGGCAGCCAUGAAAGCCGCUAAGGAUGCCGGUAUUAUGCUUUCCUAUGAUCCCAAUGUUAGGCUGCCUCUCUGGCCCUCUGCUGAUGCUGCUAGGGAGGGGAUCAAGAGCAUAUGGAAUCAGGCUGAUUUCAUCAAGGUGAGCGACGACGAGGUGCAAUUCCUGACGCAAGGAGAUGCAGAAAAAGAUGAUGUGGUUCUGUCCCUAUGGCAUGACAACCUCAAACUGCUUGUGGUCACUGAUGGUGAGAAGGGCUGCAGAUAUUACACUAAGAAAUUUAAAGGAAAGGUGACUGGCUUCUCUGUUAAAGCUGUCGACACAACUGGUGCUGGUGAUGCAUUUGUUGGCUCAUUUUUGCUUUCCAUGGCCAAAGAUAUGUCCAUCUUUGAGGAUGAAACAAAAUUGAAGGAGGCUCUGUCUUUUUCAAAUGCUUGUGGAGCAAUCUGUACUACUCAGAAGGGUGCAAUUCCAGCUCUUCCAACCCAGUCUGCUGCUCUUGAACUCAUUUCCAAGUCCAAAUCCAAGUCGAUGUUUUAAUUUCCUCUUUGGUUUAGGACCACACUCUCCUCGUUUAUUUUCUGGUCUUUUUUGUUUGUUCCGUUUCUUAAAUCCAGUUAAGGAUAACAAGUAAUUAUCCCAAAUUUCUUAAUUAACUUCAGUUUUUAUGCUAAGAUUUGUGAAUCUCUCUUCCUCCCUCGAACCUUUAAUUUUUGUUGUUUUGAGAGCAACCUCAAACCUCAGUUAGGUCAC